CGUCUCAGUGACAUAAAGCGGAAGGAAAACAAAAUAGUUCAACGGCUGGUUUGGAUUCAGCUAGCAGUCGACCGUGUUUUCAUAUCUUUGCUCAACAUUUCAGUUAAAAUGUCUCCAGUUCAGCAUCUGAGAGAGUUUAUCAGAGAGCGACUAACUGCUGCUGCUGAAGAAAUUUUCACAGAGGUAGAAAAAACCAUUAUCCGCUACGAGGAAGAAAACAGACUGAUGGAAAAUUACUGGAAACCUCAGAAAAAACUCCAGAGAAUCGAACCCCAAAAGCCACAUGAGGAGGAAGCUCUGGCCAUCCAACAUCUCUUUAACCAGGGGAGGAGGUCCCGUCAGGACCAGGAGGAAUUAGUCCCUCAGUGGACUGAGGAGGAUCAGGUGGAACCAGAAAAUUCAUCUCCUAUUAAAGAACUGGGGGAACCGGGGCCUCCGUGGAUUAAAGAGGAAGAUGAUCCAGAGCUGCCACUGAUCAAAGAAGAAAAUGAGGAACCUGAGACUAAAUGGGCUGCAGAGGAACAGAAGGAACCAGGUUUGCAACUGAUGGAAAAACGGAAUGAACCAGAACCUCAUUGGAAUAGAAAGGAAAAGGAGAAAGCAGAAUCUCCACUUUUUGAACUUAAGAGGAAACCAGAUUGUUCACUGCAGAAACAUGAAGUGUGUCUACUAGAGCAUUCAGCACCUAGACAGGACCAGGAGGAAAAGCAGCCUGUCCAGAAGCAGUCCGUCACUUUGAUGGAGACCUUUACUUUUCAGGAAGUGGAUCUGAGUGAAAGCGAGCCAAGAAUUGAUCAGCUCCUCUUUCAUAUCGCUCCUGUAGUUGAGACUAGAGAUCAGAAAGAAAGUAGCUCCACUAUGUCACAGAGUCGGUUUCAAAAUUACACAAAAAGAGGGUCUCUGAACUGUGACAUUUGUGGAAGAUCCUUUAAGAGAAGGUAUAACAUGAAAAGGCAUUACACCUCCCACACAGGUGAGAAACCUUUUUUAUGUCAGACAUGUGGAAAAGGUUUCUCUACAAUGGGUAGUUUAGAAUAUCACAUCAGGACACACACAGGGGAGAGACCUUUUCCAUGUCAAAUAUGCAAGAAAGGUUUCUCUUCGAUGAGUAAUUUAAAGGAUCACAUCAGGACUCACACAGGCGAGCGACCUUUUUCUUGUGGGACAUGUGGAAAACGUUUCUCUAAAGUUUAUAAUUUAAAUGUUCACAUUAAAACCCACAAAGGUUAGAAGUCUUUUUCAAGUAAAUUAUGCAGAAAAGAUUUCCUUCCGAUUGAUAAUUUGAAUGAUACCAUUGUAACUAGGGCUUUUUUUUCAUUUUGCAAACAUAUUUAUCUGUCGAUUAAAUUUUUUGAUAAAUCUAUUAAUAACCGGAUAGCCAAAGGUUCCUUAAAGAACAUAUUUUACGAAAGUAAACCAGGUGAAACUAAAACUUUUCGACUUCAGUUCAAACUGAUGAUUUUAUUCCUUUUUUGAGAACAUACUUCUCACUCACCUGUAGUUAUGAUGUCAUGUGAUGUUUCAUGUGAUGCUGUGUGUUGCCAAACUGCAACCUGAGAGAAAUACUGCAGCUACAGAAACUCUGGGGAGUCAAAAAUGCGCUGUUAAAAAAAGUGAUUAAAUUUUUAUUUCUUUUUAAUGGUCCGAGGCUAAAGAUUCAAAUGCAUUAAUUUAUUGGAUUUUUUGCCAUGGCCCAAUUGGCACAUUAAAUUUCCACAUGAAAGAAAAGCCAGAAAUUAAUAACGUAUUUUUCUGACUAUAAAUUGCACUUUUUCACUGGGGGUGCAACCUGUACUUCAGAUUAAUGAAGAUUAUACCAUAUAUAUUGAUUUACAGUAAUAAAACAGUUCUAUAAGACAAAAGAAAAGGGAAAUGCAAUGCAUUAUGGGCACUUUACUAUGGUGGCCUGAGCUGAAUAAAAAAAAAAAAAAACGCAAUAAAAAAUAUCAAUAUAACUGAUAACAAUACAACAGAUGUCAAAAAGUGCGCUCUUAUAAAUCUUUUUAAUGCGAGGUGGUGCCUGCAUGUUCCUGAGAUUUAUCAAUGGUUUAAAUUUCAUCAUAAUGUGUAUUUUGGCUGGUGUGAGAGAAUUUGUAAUGUGUUAUCCAUGUCAUCCAGAUCAACCCUUCCUUUUAAAAAUCCAUAACUGUGAUGUGAACUGUAUCCUCUGUCAUCAGGAAAUGUCAUCCAUGAUGAUGAUGAUGAAAUGUCAAUAAAUCCAUAAAGUGUGGAAAGAAAUCUCUUCAUUCUGAACAAACUAAAACUUCUUCUGAGUUUUAGUUUGUUUUGGUUUUAUUAGGGCAACACAUAACAUCUUAUGUGGUAGAACUUGCUCUGCCCCAAAUAUCUUGGUAACAAAUGUAAAGUUUCUAAACCCAAUUUUCUUGUUUGUUUCACAAAGACAAAUAAAAAACUUAUUUUAACUUUA